UCAAAUCACUACCCACCGACCACAUAAUUAAUCUAGUCUUGACCACACCAUAUAACCUCCUUUUCUCCCACCAAUUAAAAUUGGCUGCUACUAUGACUAUCAUUCCAUGACUCAUUGACUCAAUUUCUCCAACUUUUCUCUCUCCUAGAAAUCUUGAUUCAGUAAUGGCAAGUUACAAGACUGAAGGAAAUGAUUCAACUGAAUCCCUUUUUUCUCCUUACAAACUCGGCAAAUUCUCUCUUUCCCACAGAGUGGUAUUGGCGCCUAUGACAAGAUGUAGGGCGAUAAAUGAGAUACCAAACGAUGCGUUGAAAGAGUAUUAUGUUCAGCGAUCUACUCCUGGUGGUUUCUUGAUUUCUGAGGGCACACUCAUUUCUCCUACUGCUCCUGGAUUUCCCCAUUGCCCAGGAAUUUACACUAAUGAGCAAGUCGAAGCAUGGAAGAAAGUGGUUAAUGCUGUUCAUGCCAAGGGUGCAGUCAUCUUCUGUCAGUUGUGGCAUGUUGGUCGAGCCUCCCAUACAGUGUACCAACCUGGAGGUGAGGCACCAAUCUCUUCAACAAAUAAGCCGAUAUCAAAUAGAUGGAGAAUACUGAUGCCAGAUGGGUCUACUGAAAAAUAUCCUGCUCCCCGAGCCCUUGCUUCCCAUGAAAUACCUGAGAUUGUUGAGCAAUAUCGUCAGGCUGCCAUGAAUGCAAUUCAAGCAGGUUUUGAUGGAGUGGAGAUCCACGGAGCCCAUGGCUACCUCAUUGACCAAUUCCUAAAAGAUGGUAUCAAUGAUCGCACGGACGAGUAUGGUGGGUCCCUCACUAACCGUUGUAGAUUCUUAGUUCAGGUGGUUCAUGCAGUGGCUACAGCCGUUGGAGCUGAUAGAGUUGCUAUAAGGAUCUCACCAGCAAUAGACCACCUUGAUGCCUCAGACUCCAAUCCUCUUGCACUUGGACUUACUGUGGUCAAGUGUCUCAACAAACUCCAGUUAGAUUUGAACUCACAGCUUACGUAUCUUCAUGUAACUCAGCCUCGAUAUGUUGCAUAUGGCCAAACCGAGUCAGCUAGACAAGGGAGCGAAGAAGAGGAAGCUCAGCUUAUUCGAACUCUAAGGAAAGCAUAUCAGGGAUCUUUUAUGUGCAGUGGUGGGUACACCAGGGAACUUGGGAUGGAGGCUGUGGCUCAAGGGGAUGCUGAUUUAGUCUCUUUUGGGAGGCUUUUUAUAUCAAAUCCUGAUUUGGUCGAAAGGUUUAAGGUUAAUGCUCCCUUGAAUAGAUAUCUUCGGAAAACAUUCUACACCCAGGAUCCUGUAGUGGGUUACACUGAUUACCCCUUUCUUGGUAAAGAUAGCACCGAUAAUAAGGUAUUGGCUCGUCUAUAGUGUACCUCUGAAUAUCUCUGGUAUUGUAUGAUAGUUAGACUUGCAAUUGGAAAGUAAUUCAGACAAAAUAAGCUUAUAUGAGUUCAUGCUGCUUCAAUUCUGAAAUCUGAAGUAACUGCAAUGCUAUCAUCAAAUUCUCACCCUUGAUAUUUGGAACAGUGUCUUGCAGUAUAUUACUAUUGUCCCAAAUGAUAGGCAACAUUUCUGCUUUAGUCUUUAUCAAAGUAAUAGCUACUUACUAAUUUUAGUAUAUAUAUUAAACGUUGCCAUGUGAUCAAAAAUGAUAUCUUCAAUUAUGUAAUGUUUUAUUCUGACUGUUUUGGGAGUAAUAUAAUCUCUUGUUCUAAA